GCGGAACCCGGCGCAGAAUCUGCGCAGCCCCUGCCCGCCCUGGGCUCGCCCCGCCGGGCGUGGGGCGCCUCCCCCCAUCGGGGGGGAGAGGAGGAGGGUAGGGAGAGGGGAGAAAAAAAAAAACCCCACCAACCCCAAACCCACCGAAUUCUCCGGCUGGAGCCCGACUCCCGAGGGAGCGAGAGGAGCUGCGCGUCCCUUCGCCGCCGGCGGGAGUUGCGGGGACAGGAUGGGCGGCGGGGCUGCGCGGAGCGGCUGCCCCCUGCGCCGGAGGCGGCGGCUGCUGCUGUUGCUGCUGGGGCUGUGCGGCUGGACGGCUGCCCUGCGAGGAAAUGAUAACAGUGAAGCCCUUCCAGAGUCUAUCCCAUCUGCUCCUGGAACACUGCCUCAUUUUAUGGAGGAACCAGAUGAUGCCUACAUUAUAAAAAGCAACCCCAUUGUCUUACGCUGUAAAGCUAUGCCAGCUAUGCAGAUUUUCUUCAAGUGCAAUGGUGAAUGGGUCCAUCAAAAUGAGCACGUGUCUGAGGAAAGCAUGGAUGAGACGACAGGACUGAAAGUUCGAGAGGUUUUCAUCAACGUGACGAGGCAGCAGGUGGAAGAUUUCCAUGGGCCAGAGGAUUACUGGUGCCAGUGCGUCGCGUGGAGCCAUCUGGGGACCUCAAAGAGUCGGAAGGCAUCGGUCCGCAUCGCCUAUUUACGGAAGAACUUUGAGCAAGACCCCCAAGGGAAGGAGGUUCCCAUCGAGGGGAUGAUCGUUCUGCACUGCCGGCCGCCCGAGGGGGUCCCUGCAGCCGAGGUGGAAUGGCUGAAGAAUGAGGAGCCCAUAGAUUCCAACCUGGACGAGAACAUCGACACCAGAGCAGACCACAACCUCAUCAUCCGCCAGGCGCGUCUCUCGGACUCGGGGAACUACACCUGCAUGGCCGCCAACAUCGUGGCCAAGAGGAGGAGCAUGUCUGCCACGGUUGUGGUCUAUGUUAAUGGAGGCUGGUCAUCCUGGACCGAGUGGUCCAACUGCAACGCGCGCUGUGGCCGGGGCUGGCAGAAGCGCUCACGGACCUGCACCAACCCCGCUCCCCUCAACGGAGGGGCCUUUUGCGAAGGAAUGUCAGUGCAGAAAAUCACCUGCACUUCUCUCUGCCCAGAUAAAAAACCUCUUCAUGAAAUAAAAUCCCAAAAUAUCGAGACCGCCAGCGACAUCGCCCUGUACUCGGGCCUGGGAGCAGCAGUCAUUGCUGUAGCCGUGCUGGUGGUUGGCGUUACCCUCUACAGACGGAGUCAGAGUGAGUACGGCGUGGAUGUGAUUGAUUCAUCUGCACUGACAGGAGGCUUCCAGACAUUUAAUUUUAAAACAGUCAGACAAGGGAACCCGCUGCUCCUGAACCCCUCCAUGCAGCCCGACCUGACCGUGAGCAGGACCUACAGCGGCCCCAUCUGCCUGCAGGACCCCAUGGACAAGGAGCUGAUGACGGAGUCCUCCCUCUUCAACCCGCUGUCAGACAUCAAGGUCAAGGUCCAGAGCUCCUUCAUGGUGUCCCUCGGGGUGACAGAGAGGGCUGAGUAUCACGGCAAGGCCCAUUCAGGAACUUUUCCUCAUGGCAAUAGUAGAGCGUUCGGUACAAUCCAGGCUAGAAAUAAGGCGACGUACAUUCAGAACCUCUCUUCCAUCUCGACGCGCAGUGAGCUGAAGACAACUGCCAUUUUUGGACACCUGGGUGGCCGCUUAGUUGUUCCAAACACAGGAGUCAGUUUGUUGAUACCUCACGGGGCUAUUCCUGAAGAGAGCUCAUGGGAAAUCUAUCUGGCCAUCACUCAAAAGGAGUCCAGGUGA